AUGGCUCUCUCCGGGAUCUGUCGGGACUCUUUGCUGGUGCUUUUACUGCAAAUCGUGCUGAUUUGCUCUGCUCAGAGGGGCCCAGUCGGUCCCAGAGGCCCCGUGGGGCCACCAGGAACCGCCGGCGUGCCCGGAGUGGAUGGCAUUGAUGGCGACAGAGGAGAAGACUCCACAGUGAACGGCGGACCAGGUCUUGAUGGCGAUAACGGCAAAGACGGAGUCCCUGGAGCUCCGGGCCUUCCAGGCGCAGAUGGACCUGUCGGACCUCCUGGGGAUCCAGGCCCGGUGGGUCUAAUGGGGUCAAAGGGGGAUCCUGGGGCACGUGGGCCAACUGGAGAGCCUGGUAUUCCUGGAACAGACGGGCUGCCAGGUGAACUGGGCAAAGUUGGAGCCCCUGGAGCGAGAGGCAGAAGGGGUCAAGUUGGUUCUCCUGGUCCUGCUGGGCCUCGGGGACCUCCUGCUGUGUAUCAAGGCGAGGACCUGUGUCCCAACGCCUGCCCCUCUGGUCUGACUGGAUAUUCUGGUCUCCCCGGCAUGAAAGGCCACAAAGGGGUAAAGGGUGAAUCAGGUGAGCCUGGAAGACAAGGGCACAAGGGAGCGGAGGGCGAACAAGGAGGGCCGGGAGAAGUCGGAGCUCAAGGACUACCAGGCCCAGGUGGAUCAAGAGGCCUCCCAGGAAUAAUGGGCUCCAAAGGGGACAGGGGAGCUCGAGGAAAGCCUGGUGAUGUGGGCCCUCGGGGAAUCCAAGGAGGCCCAGGUGAUCCAGGCCAAAGAGGAGCCAUAGGUGAGAACGGGCCACAGGGAGUGCUGGGGGAGCGAGGUCCAUCAGGAAUCAGAGGAGUCCCAGGACCAAAAGGAGAGCCUGGUCUACCUGGCCCAGAUGGUCGUGAGGGAAUACCUGGGCUGCCAGGAUCCAAGGGUCUUCCAGGGAAAAGUGGCGCUCCAGGUGAUGCUGGCCUUCAAGGACUUCCUGGUUUACCAGGCACUUACGGCCAAAAGGGACAAAGCGGUUUGAAGGGUGUCACAGGUGAUCCAGGAGUUGUAGGACUAAUGGGGUCUUCGGGGAAACAAGGGGAGCGUGGUGAGCAGGGAGAGGUGGGACCUGUCGGACCCAGAGGAGGACCGGGUGAACGAGGAGAACGAGGACCUGGCGGGCCUCCGGGAUCACCAGGAGCCAGGGGAAGCAAAGGUGAUCCGGGCCUUCCAGGACUUCCUGGCCCUGCUGGUUAUCGUGGCCAGAAAGGAGACAGGGGUGCAGUCGGUCUUGAUGGGUCUAAGGGAGAGCAGGGACCCCCAGGUGAUGAAGGAACACCAGGAGAUAGAGGAGAACUGGGUGACCAAGGAGAAGCAGGAGAGAAAGGAUCGACAGGCCCACCAGGAGAGACAGGAAACAAAGGACCUGAGGGUGGCCGAGGACAGCAAGGGAAAGAGGGCAAGGUGGGCCAACCGGGACCACGCGGCAUGCAGGGCGACAUGGGGGUACCAGGCCUCCCAGGAGCGCAGGGACCAGCGGGAAAAUCACCAACAGAUACGCACAUCAAACAAGUCUGCAUGAGGGUAAUGCAAGAGCAGCUGGCCCAGCUAGCAGCCAGCCUGAGCAGGCCUGAGUCAGGUAUCGCCGGGCUGCCCGGUCCCCCCGGCCCACCUGGACCUCCGGGCCCCUCCGGGGAGAACGGUUUCCCCGGACACACCGGAUCACGAGGACUACCUGGUCUGAAGGGUCCGCCUGGGUUAAUAGGUCGCAAAGGACUCAAAGGCGACCAGGGUGACAGAGGCGACAGAGGACCCACAGCGAGAGGACCCAAAGGAGAACCAGGUGCCCCCGGUCUCCCAGGUGACUCGGGCCGACCGGCUUACGGCAAAGACGGCCGUGAAGGACAGCGGGGACCUCGCGGUGUUCCCGGUAUCCCCGGCGUUCCCGGGCCUCCUGGUACCGCCGGUCUGAACGGUUACUGUGAGUCGUCGCAGUGCGUCCUACCGAUGGUGGCGUCACCGGUUUCAGCGAAGGACUCCAGCAUGAAGGGCCCCAGUGAGAUGUGA